AUGGCGUCCUCUGAAGUCGACCAGAAGUUUCUCGGCAAGCUUGCCAAAGCUGUCGAGAAUGACAAUCCUCUCUUGGCCAGCAUGCUCUUUAAGAUUCUCGGCUUGUCUCUCAACCUUGCCGAACAGCUUGUUGCCGCAAAGAAGCAGCGCCGGCCUGACUAUGAGCCAUCACCUAACGCGAUACGGCGCGUCUUGCGUAUCAUAUGGCUCUCCCGGGAGGGCAAGGUAAUGCUUGAACAAUAUGUCAUACCAAUGGUUGGCAACUAUGUCGAACUCAAGGUCCUCGCCUACAAACUUCGUGCCUCUUUCUCACAUAUUUUUGCUCUCUUUGGCAACACACCCUCGGUCUCAAACUUGGGAAGACAAACGCCAGAUGUCACUGCUGUAUUGACGCCGCGCCUGGAUAAGGGAAAGGGACGUGCUGCCGACAUGGAAGUCGAAUCUAGGCCCUCUUCUGUUCAACCAACUCACCCCCUCGAAGGGGGGCCAGUAUUGCCUCCCCCGGGGUUUGAAGACCAAAACUUUACGUUAUCGCCCAACUUUCUCAUCCCAGCCAAAGACUACCUUCCUGAGGCAAAACAGCAUUUUCAGGAGGCUAUCCAGCUUGCCGACUCGAUGCUCUGGGGCUCUCACUCUCUUCGCCUCUCUGUCAAAACUGAAUAUGCUGCCUUCUUAUACGAAUGUGUUCACGAUGCUGAAGGAAGUCGGAAAGUUGCCAAGGACACUAUCGCGGAAGUAUACGAGGCCACGGAGGGAAUGGACGACGACAUGUUUGGUGAUGCUUGCGAGCUGGUUACGGUCCUCGGCAAGAUGAUGAAACGCGGUCUCGGCACCAGUGGUACUCUACGUAAACCUCCAGUGGUGAACCAAAAUCCCAUGCCAAGAGCCACUCCCCCUCCAGGAAUGGAGAACCCCAUUUGA